AUGGAUGUAUACGAGAAAUGUUUGCUACCUGAGGGUCGAAAGGCCAUUGGUAGCAAAUGGGCAAAUGCUUCUGGUUCGCAUGCAGAAGAAACCAAAGAAUUUGCAGAGUGGAUACUUAAAAUAGGUGAUGGUACAGCCAGACAUAGUCUUGGUGAUGGAGAAUCUGUUGUGGCUUUAUCAGAAGAUAUCCUUAUACGCGAUGCAACAAAUCCUAUUGCAGCUAUAGUGGAAAAUACAUACAAUGACGUCAUGAAUAAUGCAUUUGAUCCAGAAAUGUUUAAGAAUAGAGCUAUCUUGGCCCCCACCAAUGAGAUGGUUGAUACAAUCAAUGAUUACGUCAUGUCUCUGAUGUCUAGCAAGGAAAGGGUUUACCUAAGUUCAGACAGUAUUUGCAAAGAAGAUGGACAAGUGGACCUUGAUGAACAUGUAUUCUCGGUUGAUAUCUCAACACAAUCAAGUGUUCAGGAUUACCGAGUCAUGAAAUUAAAUUGA